UUCUCUGUUUACAAAUCAUCUAUAAAGUUAAUUCUCAUAAUUGUCAUCUAUCAGCUUUAAGUUGAUUAAUCUUAUUAUCUGUAUAUUUGUUUUUUCUUGAGUAUCGUGGUUAUAACAAAAUGGAUACUGAUGUAGUUAUGGACACCUCUGCUGAAGCUCCUGCACCACUUGAUGAUGUAUCUUUGAAGAGAAUGAUUUUACAAUUUGAAAGGAAAGUUUUAAAAAAUCAAGAGUAUCGUAUCAAAUAUGCGGAUGAUGCAUUGAAAUUCAUGGAAACUGAAGUUGAGCUGUUCGAGAUUAUCCAGCAAAUGCAAGUUAUUAGUACUCAACCGGAACUUUACCAUGUUCUUCUCGAAUUGAAUGUUUUGACAACCUUACUUGGACUCUUGGUUCAUGAAAAUACCGACAUUGCUUGUGCUGUCGUUUCUCUUCUCCAAGAAGUGUGUGAAAUUGACGAUGACGAUGAUUAUGACAAGAUUUCUCCGCUCUUAGAUUUUCUCAUUGAAUCACAAUUAGUACAUCUACUAGUCUCUAACAUGCAACGACUCGAUGAAACUGUCAAAGAAGAGUCUGAAGGAGUGUUUAAUUCUUUAUCCAUCAUUGAAAAUCUUCUGGAUUACAAGCCUGAAAUUUCUAAAGAUUGUCAAGCCCUGUUAACUUGGCUGCUACAACGGUUAAAAGCCAAACUUCCAUUCGAUGGUAACAAACUUUAUGCAUCAGAAAUAUUGUGUAUUCUUCUACAAAACAACGAUGAUAAUCGCAAACAAUUAGGCUCUGUUGGUGGAAUAGAUACUCUAUUGCAGCAAAUAGCUUAUUUUAAAAGGCAUGAUAUUUCCACUGGAGAUGAGCGAGAAUAUCUUGAAAAUAUUUAUGACUGUUUAUGCUCAGCACUACUCUGUUGUUCCGUUAACAGGAAACUGUUUUUCGAUGGUGAAGGUAUUGAAUUAAUGAACUUAAUUUUAAAGGAAAAGAAAAAAGGAAAUAUAAGCUCUAUGAGGAUGGGUGCUGUUAAAGUAAUCAAUCACCUUCUUAGUGAGGACAAGGGACGUGAUUCUGUAUUGGAAGAUUGUUGCAACAAAUUUAUUGAGAUCUUCGGACUUUCUUCUAUCUUCCCUAUCUUUCUCAAACCUAAAUCCAUAACAAUCGGACAGAAGAAAAAAGAAGCUAAUGUUGUUAUCGAUGAUGUUGAGGAGCACUGCUGUUCAAUUAUAUUAGCUCUCUUGAAACAUUCAAAGCCAGAAAAUAGAAAAAGAGUUAUAAAUAAAUUUUUGGAAAAUAAUAUGGAAAAAACUGAGAGGAUAGUUGAAUUACAUUUCAAAUAUUCUGAGCGUUUAAUGAAAUGUGACGCUCUAAUCAGGAAGGAAAGAGCACAGAAAAUGGCCAAUGACGAAAGUAUUGAUGAAGACCAAAUAUUCGCUCGACGAUUAACCGAAGGAGGUCUUUUUACAUUACAAAUUAUUGACCAGAUAAUAUUAAUCAUUAGUAAAGAACCAAUCAGUAAAGUCGAGAACCAUGGACCUUCAACUAGUACCAGUCCCCUUCAACCUCCAAAGGAUACAAUCAAAGGAACAAUCAUGAAAUCACUGCACACUCAUGCACGUAUUCAUUCUUCUGUGAACCAUUAUAAAAUGAUAAAAAGUGUAAUGAAAGAAAUGGCUGAAGACGCUGAAAAAGAAGAGAAAGAACGCAUUUUACAACUCGUUGAAGAUUUUUGAUUGUUAGAAUAAAAUUUCGGAUCACUAUCACUGUUUAAUUUUUCAUUAAAAAUUUCAUUUAUCCUA